AUGGCUGCGCGAUGGCUAGCCCUAACAGCUGCGGCCACGGCCUACCUCCCGCCGUCGCAGCCCAGGAGAAGCCUACGCUUGCACAUGUCCGACGACAGCUGGGCCCAGGAGCUCGCGCAGGCCGGCGGCGGCUUUGAAAGGCAGGAGGCGUCGCGCUGGCAGAAGAGCGACAGAGGCAAGGCCGACGCCGAGUCACGGGCAAGAAAUGAUGCCAUCCUCAAGUGGCUCGAGGGCAAUGAUGUGUGGGUCUCGGAGCUCUCGGGCUGGAACGAGCCGCCCCAUUCGUUAGCGUUGGCGACGUCGACGUUCGACGAACUCGAGGGCGAAGAUUCUGGGAGAGGGUUGUUGGCGAGGAGAGCGAUAGCCCAGGACGCCAUCCUCGCGCGCUUACCUGUCAGGUUAUGUAUGACGAAAGAAGCGGCGCUGGAAGCGAGGGAGCUCAAGGGCAUCGUUUCGCAAGACACUAACGAGUACGUUGCUAUCGCCUUGCUACUCAUCGGCGAGGCCCAGAAGCCGAACUCCUUCUGGAGGGAGUAUAUUGAGGUCCUCCCGUCCGUCGAAGACGUCUCGGCGACGUUCACCUGGUCCGAAGACGAAUUACAAUACUUAGAAGGCUCGCCGGCGAGGCAGGCCACCGCGUCGAUGCAGGACAAGCUGCGGAGGGAGCAUGCGUCUAUUUUGGAGCAAUAUCCUCAGCUAGAUAGAUCAGUAUUCACGCUGGAACGGUGGACCUGGGCCUUUUCUAAUUUAUUUAGUAGAGCUAUCAGGCUGAAGGCGGGCCGGGUCGACGAGUUUUUGGCCUUGGUGCCGUACAUCGAUUUUAUAAAUCACUCGCCGUUUGGAUGCGGCGUCUUCACGUCGACGCGGUCUUCAUGAAGACGUCGACGCGAUGCCGCGUCGCCGCGACGCCGUCUUCAUGAUCACACGAGAGUCUACGCGUCGACGCGGUCGCCGCGACGCCGUCGACGCGGCCGUCAGAGAGUCUACGCGUCGACGCGGUCGUCAUGAUCACACGAGAGUCUCAACACAGGUUCAGUUCUUCGUACGUCGACGCGCGCGCCAUCCCCAAGGCCUUCCCCUGGGAGGCCGAGGAGGACGAGGUUGUUUUGUUCGCCGAUAGAGCUUAUAAACAGUUCGACCAGAUUUUUAUAUCGUACGGCCCGCGGCCGAAUUCGGACUUGCUGCUGCUGUACGGCUUUGCGCUCGAUAGGAACCCGUUCAAUAGCGUCGAUUUGGUCGUGGGCGCGAACGCGGACCAGGACCCCCUAUUCGACCAGAAGCGGGCCUUCGCGGCGAGUGCGGGUAGAGAUGUCGCGAGAGCCGCGUUUCCCUUGUAUGCCGAUCGCUACCCCGAUGAAUUGGUGCAGUUCCUGCGCAUGGCCUGCGCCACGAUGGAGCACCUCGGGAAUUUGCCGCUAAAUGCGCCGGAGACGUACGUGGACAUUGUUUCCUUGGACAAUGAAUUGGCCGUGUUGGAGACGAUCCGGGAAGCCGCCACUAGCGCUCUCAAUGCGUAUCCGCCACCCAAUGACGACAUCCCGGCGGCGUUCCUGUCGCGGAACCAGCGCAUGGCGCGGCGCCUCGUGCAGACCGAACAGCGCAUCCUGCAGAAGACCGUCGCGGCGACGGAGCGGAAGGCGCGGGAGCUGCAGAGUGCGCCGCCUUCCUUCGAGCGGCGGACGCCGGACCUGCUGUCGAACUUUAAGUAGUCUCCGUGUAUUGUCGCGGCGAUGGCGUCUAGGAGCUGUGAUUUCGCUGUCUUUGAGAGAGAGAGAGAGUCGCUUAUUGAACCCAUCCCCAGGUAGUACGGGACGAACUUUUUUUGCUAGCGGCAUGUAAGACACUAGAACCAGCUCAAUGGCCCGAAUUGUGCUUUGUGCGUGAGCGCUGCGAUUCGAAAUCCAGCAUUUCCUGCAUUCUGGAGACGUUCUAACACACAGCUACGCGUUCAACAAGAAGAGCGGUGACUGAAAGACGUAUAACAGCAGUCUGACACGAUGCUCCGCCAGCUCUUCUUUUUGACGGCGUGCGCCAGCGCCUUCCUGCCAAACAGGCCGCGCUGCGGACCGAAACCGCUCCGCGCCGAGACGGAGGACGACAACCUCGUCGUCGACGACGCCGCGCGCGCGUCGCUGGAAAAGCUCGCGCUCAUGACGCGGUCGAGGCUGAUGAAAGGCCGCGCCCGAAGUCGUCGGGCACCGCGCGGCGGCGGCGCGCGGAGGAGCGCAAGCUCGUCGAGGUCCUCGGCCGGACGACGGAACCCGAACAGUUCAAAGCUGCGAUCGACGGCCUCUGGAGCCUCUGGUUCUCGGAGCGAGGCAGCGAGAACAAGGCGAAGCUCGAGGCCGUCGACCGGCUCAUCUCCGAGGGCGAGGCCUCGCAGUGGGUCGAGGCGUCCGAGGCCGCGCGGAAGCUGGCCGAGGAGCACGACGACUGGCCCGAGGCCCUGAACCGGCUAGCUACCGUUGAGUACCUGCGGGGCGAAUAUGACGUUUCAGUCGAGCUCUGCAAGAAGGUCCUCGCCGCGAAAAUCCACCAUUUCGGCGCCCUGUCGGGCAUCUGCAUGUGCUACCAGAAGCUUGGGGAUGAAGAAGCGCUCGCCGAGUGGCGGGAGCGCAUGCUGCCGAACGACCCGUCGGCGCGGCGGCGCUGGGCCGACCGGGCGAUUCGUGCGCUAGACCGGUUGGAUGGAUAA